AACAGGUAAAAAGAUAAAAGGAAUACUAAGAGGAAAUUAAAAAAAGGAAACAAAACGAAUGGUGAAGUGAGGACAAUAUAUCCUUCAAACUUCCUCGUUUGCCUUUUUUUUUUUUCAAAAAACAUCAUUACAAUCCUCUCAAAAUCCUCAACCCCCACGCCCACAAAUUCAUACAUCUGUGAGAGAAUCACAUUGAUUGUUAUAGCAAAAAAAAAGGGUGCUUUGCUGCUGAAAUCCAAUCAAUUUCUUCUUCCUUUUUUUCCCUCCAUUUUCUCCCCCAACACUUUCAUUCACUCUCUUGCCAUGUAACAAUUUCAACUUCAGCAUGCUUCAAAGAAUGCACUCCACUUCCAUUGAAAUCAUGGUUGUUUCUCCGUUCUGUGCAUUGUUCUUGCUUUCCUCAGCACAGAAUCAAUGAACCUUUUCAGCAUUCCUGAUAAAGAUUUGUUUUUUAUCCUGGUUGGUUUUUUUUUUUGGGUUCCCUCGUUGUUAAAACGCUAUUUUCUGGUGUGGAUGUGAGGGUUUUUUUUGCCCCUUUUCCCUGUACAAUGUUGUGUAUUGGUUGUCAGAUCUAAAAGAGAAGGAUUGUGGCUUUGCAGCAGGAAGGGUAGAGAUGGUGGCAGAGCCUUGGAUAUUAAAGAUGGGCAAUCAGGUAAGUGGUAGUUUGAAGAAUUCUUUAGUUUUGGAUAUUCCAAAAAAAUCAUCCUCUGCUGAGAAGAAAUUAGGCAACCAAGAGAAGAAAGUUAUAGGUAUUCUUUCAUUUGAAGUUGCUAAUGUGAUGUCCAAGAUUAUUCAUUUGCACAAGUCUUUAGCUGACAGUGAAAUUUCUAAGCUUAAAAAUGAGAUCUUGAAGUCUGAUGGGAUAAAAAAUCUGGUGUGUGAUGAUGAAAUGAGGCUUUUAGAAUUGGCUCUAAUUGAAAAACUUGAUGAUUUGCAUGGGGUGGCUUGUGUUGUGUCUAGGUUGGGGAAGAAAUGCACAAUUCCUGCACUGCAGGGUUUUGAGCAUGUCUAUGGGGAUAUUAUGUCUGGGGUAAUUGAUGUGAAGGAGUUGGGUUUUUUGGUGAAGGAUAUGGAAGGUAGGGUGAGGAAAAUGGAAAGAUAUGUGAGUUCUACUGCUAAUCUGUAUAAUGAAUUGGAGGUCUUAAAUCAGUUAGAAAUUGCCACAAAGAAGUUUCAGCAGAAUCAACAUGAAGAAAGUAGGAAGGCUUUUGAGCAGAAGCUAAUUUGGCAGAAACAGGAUAUUAGGCAUUUGAAGGAUGUUUCCCUGUGGAACCAGACUUAUGAUAAGGUUGUAGAAUUGUUGGCUAGAACUGUCUGUACUAUUUAUGCAAGGAUAUGUAUAGUGUUUGGGGAUCCGGUUCUACAGAGUGAUUGCUUAAGCUCAGCAAUUUCAGGUCCUCAGUUUGGUUUAAGUGGAAAUUUACGGCAUAUGAAGCAAGAAUGUGGGCCAAAAUCAGGGCAGAUAAACGGGGAUCGUAACAUUCCAAUGCGGGCUAACUCGAUAAAGCGAACUUUAAGCAAGAGCAUUGGAAGUCAUCAAUCUGGGCUAAUAGAAAGAAAGUCAUUGGAGAAGAAGGGUAGGAGUCAUGUUAGGACGCAGGUUGGGAUACAUCAAAAUGAUACAGGCUUGUUCGGUCCUGAGGAUUUUAACUUUGCAUGUGGAAUGGGACCUGGAAGGUUGUUUAUGGAGUGCCUUAGUUUGAGUAGUUCUAAAGUUGAUGAUGAUGAUGAUAGAAUGACUUUUGAUCGAUCUAGCUACAUUUCCAGUAGUUGCAGUGUUGCAAGUAGCUGGAAGAGAGAUCAACAAAGACUAUCAGAGUACUUUGGUCGGUCCAUUAAUGGAGUCCCUUAUAGUGGAGAUCCAAGGCAGUUUCAAAGCAGUUCGACAAAUGGUCCGAAAUUCAGCCCCAAGAGUAGGUUGAGAGUUUAUACUCCUCCCUGCACUCUUGGCGGUUCUGCCUUAGCUCUGCACUAUGCAAAUGUCAUUAUUGUCAUUGAGAAACUGCUCAAGUACCCACAUUUGGUUGGGGAGGAAGCUAGGGAUGAUCUUUAUCAGAUGUUGCCAACAAGCUUACGGAAGUCCCUCAAGAAUAAGUUGAAGGCUUAUAUUAAAGAUUUAGCAAUAUACGAUGCCCCUCUUGCCCAUGACUGGAAAGAAAGGCUCGAUCAGAUAUUGAAAUGGCUGGCGCCUCUGGCGCAUAACACAAUCAGGUGGCAAAGUGAACGUAAUGUUGAGCAGCAGCAGCAAAUUGUCACCAAGACAAAUGUACUUCUACUCCAAACUUUGUAUUUCGCUGACCAGGAAAAGACUGAGGCUGUGAUCGGUGAGCUACUCGUUGGCUUGAACUACAUAUGCCGGUACGAGCACCAACAAAAUGCUUUGUUGGAUUGCUCGAGUAGCUUUGAUUUUGAGGACUGUAUGGAGUGGCAGAUGCAACUAAGAGCUUCAUUUCAGGCAUAAUUUAUGGUUUGGUUCGAUCUCGAAUUCUUUGGAUUGUGGGAGGCUAUAGCACUGCUUUCCACUUUUGUAUGAUAAUUACUUCUUACAGAUGUUAAUAUCACAUUAGCACAGCUUUGAACAGUGAAAAGAUAUGUUUCGGAAAUGGGAAAAAAAAUUAACAGAUCACAUUGCAAGAUGCCGGAGAGUUGGAUUUUACUUGCAUAUAGUUCAAAAUUGUUGAUUGUUGGAAUUGUUUCUUUCUCCAUUGUUGUAGUUUCCGUGUAGAUCAGUUGUAGUCUGUUUGCUUGUUGACACAACUCUGUACGGUAAUUGUAUUACUCAUUCCGCGUCAUUUCAAUAGUCUACUACUACGUGUUAGACUCGUCCGAUGGACAGGGAAGGCAUACACAUUUAGACAUUUUUACAUAAAUUUUGUAUUUUUAUAAAAAUAUGUAAUGAAUUCAGCUUUAAACAUGAUUUCCUCUGGAUUUACAGGAAUUUGUUUU